GGUGGGGCUGCCGGUCCCUCUGCUAGUCCCGGGCGCGUCAGGCUUGGUUUCCCUCGCGGCUCCUCGCGGACCGGAGCGCCGCAAAGUUUUUGACGUUCCGGCCGCGGAGACCCGCCCUGGCUCUCACCGGCCGACCCUCGAGGGCCGCCGAGUCGCAAGCCCUAGGCGCUCCCGGAGUCCGGCGGCCACGAGGCCCCGCCGCGUCCUCCCGCGCUCGCCCUCCCGGAGGCUGCAGCCAUGUCUCGGGGGCCGGAGGAGGUGAACCGGCUCACGGAGAACACGUACCGGAAUGUUAUGGAACAAUUCAAUCCUGGACUCCGGAAUUUAAUAAACCUAGGGAAAAAUUAUGAAAAAGCAGUGAAUGCUAUGAUCCUGGCAGGAAAAGCCUACUACGAUGGAGUGGCCAAGAUUGGUGAGAUUGCCACUGGAUCACCUGUGUCGACAGAGCUAGGCCAUGUCCUCAUAGAGAUUUCCAGCACCCACAAGAAACUCAAUGAGACUCUUGAUGAAAAUUUCAAAAAAUUCCAUAAGGAAAUUAUCCAUGAGCUGGAGAAGAAGACAGAACUUGAUGUAAAGUAUAUGAAUGCCACUCUUAAAAGAUACCAAGCAGAACACAGGAACAAAUUAGAUUCUUUGGAGAAGUCUCAGGCCGAGUUGAAGAAGAUCAGAAGAAAAAGUCAAGGAGGACGAAAUGCACUCAAAUAUGAACACAAAGAAAUUGAGUAUGUGGAGACUGUUACUUCUCGCCAAAGUGAAAUCCAGAAGUUCAUUGCAGAUGGCUGCAAAGAAGCCCUGCUUGAGGAGAAAAGGCGCUUCUGCUUUCUGGUGGACAAGCACUGCAGCUUCACCAGCCACAUACACUACUACCACCUGCAGUCUGCAGAAUUACUUAAUUCCAAGCUGCCCAGGUGGCAGGAAACCUGUUGUGAUGCCACAAAAGUACCAGAGAAAAUCAUGAACAUGAUAGAAGAGAUAAAGACGCCCAUGUCCACCCCAGUGUCUGGGACGCCACAGCCAUCACCCAUGAUCGAGAGAAGCAAGAUGAUUGGGAAAGAUUAUGACACCCUUUCUAAAUACUCACCAAAGAUGCCCCCAGCUCCUUCAGUCAAAGCCUAUACCAGUCCUUUGAUUGAUAUGUUCAAUAACCCAGCAACAGCUGCACAGAGUUCAGAAAAAAUAAACAACUCAACAGACACUUCGGAAGAUCCCAGUUUACAGAGAUCAGUUUCUGUUGCAACUGGACUGAACAUGAUGAAGAAGCAAAAAGUGAAGACCAUCUUCCCUCACACUGCUGGCACCAAUAAGACCUUACUUAGCUUUGCCCAGGGGGAUAUCAUCACACUGCUCAUCCCUGAGGAGAAGGAUGGCUGGCUCUAUGGGGAGCAUGACACUACUAAAGCAAGGGGCUGGUUCCCAUCAUCAUAUACAAAGUUGCUGGAAGAAAAUGUGAAGGAAGCAAUGUCUGCCCCUAUACCAAGCCCUGCACCAGUGAGAAGCAUCAGUACUGUGGACCUGACUGAGAAGAGCAGCGUUGUCAUCCCACCUCCUGACUACCUGGAGUGCCUGUCCAUGGGGGCCACUGCAGACAAGAGAACAGAUGCUCCCAAGACGACUUCCACGUCUACCUUCAAAGCCGUAGCGCCCAGAUCGGAUGCCACAUCCACAUCUCCUAGCGAUGCAAAUGGGACCGCAAAGCCGCCAUUCCUCAGUGGAGAAAACCCCUUUGCCACUGUGAAACUCCGGCCAACAGUGACAAACGACCGAUCAGCACCAAUCAUUCGAUGAAGAUGCAAAGGACCCUGCCAGUCCCUUUACCCAAGUUCUCACCUGCAAGACGAUAGGUACAUGUUGCUGGACAGGUGCAGGCACUGUCAAAGCCUCAGAGGUGCCUGAUUUCAGUGAAUCCCACUUGAGCAAAUCACUGUGUUUUCUCAGUUUAACAGAGCUGGGUUUACAUUUUGUCUUUAAGGUAAAUGAGUAGCGUAGUGAAUAGAUCAAUCAAUUGAAAUGUUUUCUUCCUUUUCUAUUAAAAAAGCAGUAAAUUUGGUUCAAGUCCUUUUUAAUUUUUAUUUUUAAGGAAAUAGCCAGAAUAAGGGAUAGUCAGUCUAUGCUUUUGUGCCUGGCUUUCUGUAGCUGAAUGCAAAUUAAGACCAGAGUUUUAUUUUAUAAAGCCUGUGCUCUUAUGUAGCAUUAUGAUGUUAAUCUAAAGAAAAUAUUAUGUAAGUUUGCAUCAGAGCAUGCAAAUCCAGUAAGCAAUAUAAAUUAUGAAACUAUAUUAAAUAUACUUUUGACCCAGUUUUAACCUUUGGAUUACACAAAUACAGAGUGCUCGAAGAUGGAGAACUCCAACCUCACUUGACAGGCAUUGCUGCAGAGUACAGAGACAGCUUGCCUACUUUAUUGGCACUUGUAAAAUUAUCUCCAGGAGCCACAGAAUUCAGUGUUACAAAGGUUGCCAGCAGGGGUCUCCUCAGCACAUCUGAGGGCUCUGUACAAGCUAGGUGGCCAAAGCUCCAUCAUUACUCUGGGGACACCUCCUGAAAUUCAAGUUCCAUUUUUUAAACCAGGUACUAGUCUGUAAUGGCAACUCUGAAGCCUGAUGGUCAGCAGGGGCAAGGCUCCUCAGCCUAACGGUGUCCCACAGUCAGACUUCUGGUUGAGACCAGCAUCUGUUCAGGCCAGUGCACAGAGCCUUGAGCCAGGGAUCAGUCUGUCCUUACCUACCCAAGAAGAAGACCUACUUUGGAAUAGCAAAUAAUUAAAAUCCACCCUCAGGACAGUCACUGUUGAAAGAAGCUUGUUGUAUAUCAAGGUUUCUUGGAUCUCAUUUUUCCCCAAGUUGGAAAUUGGUCAGGGUCUGUGUACAUGAAACUGCAGUCUUUCCAGCUGGACCAAGCAGUGCCAAGCUCUCAUGGGAGGACAAACCUGAUGGCCCCAUGAAGGGCAACUAGUACAGGUCUGACCAUGCCAACACCCUCCCUAGAUAACAGUCUGGGUCAUGCCAUGUGAGGCUGUUUUAUCACUGUGUUAGGUUGUCCUAGCCUGAUGGGGGAAAGAGCCAUACUUCAGUCCCUGUUCUCCCUGUGAUCAUAUUAACUGCAGGUUAGGGUGGGAAGCUUUGUGUUUUCACCAACAGAGAACCAAUCGUGGCUUCCAGAUAUGUAAAGGAGUGGCGCUGAGAGCUCACAUCCUGGCUCUGUCGCACAAGUACAGAAACCAGUCUGCUGUGGUGUGCUCUUCCAGACCAGGAUUUCCCUCACAGGUCGCUUACCUUGAUCCAUGCCCCAGGCUCUGCAAAUGCCAAGGUUAACAUUUGUUUAAUGUGAAUAAUAAACGAGAAUUUGAAACAUA